AUGCAAUCUGGCAAGCAAGAGUGCAAGGAAUUGCUGCUUUUAAAAGAAGGUGACCACAGUGAUGAUGACCUAAGUCUAGAGAAGGAUCACAUUGUCAACAGUCCGGAAAAAGUAAAAAAGCUCCUGGAAUCGAGUGACAGUAAAGCUAUGGAUGCAAUCUCUGGUGGACAGUCAGGAGUUAAAAAGCCAGCUGUCUAUAGAAGCCCCUCCGAAAACAACCCGUCAAGCAAACACAGAGAAAUGGUUCACACAGCCAGUCAGUACCAAGGGAUAUGUGAAGGAGAACUAUCUGUCAAAGUUAAAGGAGGACAUUUGUCAGAGACAGAUAAGGAGGAACUAAAAGGCAAGAUAAAGGACAUUGCUCAAUCUCGAGAAGAAAAUUCCACUGGAAUAUUUAACUCUGAGAAGAUGAGUACUUUAAAACAGUCUGGCACACUAGAUUGUGAGAAACUUUGCAAGUGGGACUUGUCUAACGUUGUUCCUAAGUGUGAAAACGUUAUACCCAUGGAAACUAAAGCCAUUUUAAGUGACAGUAGUACAGUAAGGGAAAAUUGCACUGAGGAAAGCUUGUUUCCAGAGAAAACAGAUAGGAUUUACCUCUGUGAGAGGACUUCCCGUAAGAAACGGUUUGGAUUAUUGUGUGAAGAACUCAAUAUACAGAUGACUGAGACAAGACAUUACCCUGAAAGUGAAGAAACGUGCACAGGUUCAUACCUUGAGUGUAAGGACUCAGGACGAUUCAGCUCCUCUUUGGAAAAGGCUGAGGCUGCAGAGAAUUUCAGUGAGCCUUUAGAUUCACUUUGUCUCAAAAAUUCUUGCUUGAGCGAAGACCUUAAUGUGGAGAUGGAUCAACACAGUAGUGAUGAGAAAACUCUUUCUCAGACCCAGUACAGCAGCACAACAACAAGUACCCUAGACAAACCUUUGCAAUUAAAACGUAGCCCAUCUUUCGACAGCUGUGAAUUUGCAAAGUGCUCUAUGAAGAAUCAAAAAGUAAACCUGUGUAACAAUACCCCAAGGAAAGAUAAUGAUCUAAAGGAUAUUUUACCCACAUUAUUCAUUGGUGCUGAGGGGUCUCAAGAAGGGAAUACACAGUACAAAGCUAGAGACAAUUUCCAGCACACAAAAGAAAGUGAUUUUCUCAGAAAUGGGGCAUCACAACAAAGGGACGAGAUAACCAAACGCAUGCGUUUGUCGGGUGAAAGAACCAAGGGUGCACCUGUGGAAGCAAAGCAACGGAAGCAGCAUUUAGGAGAAAAUGAACAUGUCGGGCUAAAGAAGAAGGAAGGCCAAAGAGCUACAGGACCGGAGACUCCAAAAAAGAAUCAUAAUGAGCCGCACAAAAAGAAACAUCCCAUAAAAGAGGAAAACAAAGUGCCCAAAGUUCUUCGGCAUAUCCAUGCAGAAACCUUUCCAGAUAUUUCUGGAAACAUCAAACUCUGGUGCCAGUUUGGUGACAUCUACACAGACUCAACUAUCACAUGGUCUAAAGAUGGGGUGGUGUUGGCCAAAGUACAGAGAAGUGCAGGUGAUGACAGCCCGGAUUCCCUGGCCAUUGUUCAAGCUACAGUUAAAGAUCAGGGGAUGUAUCAGUGCACGCUGAAGAAUCCCAAUGGGAAAAUGUCAUCUGAAUUCAGACUGACCUCAGAAGCACUGAAUGAACUUAUUAGUAAGCAAGAACUCGAAGGUGGGGAAGAAAUUAAAUGUGCACAGCUGAUGUUCAGAGAAGAUUUUCUGAGGGACCAAUAUUUCGGAGAUGAUCUGCUUGCCAGCAUUGUUACAGAAGAGCAGCACUUUGGUGAAGGAUUACACCGGAAAGCUUUCCGAACAAAGGUCAUCAAUGGCUUGAUGCCAGUGUUUAACUCAGGGCACGCUUGUGUCCUCAAAGUCCAUAACGCAAUUGCCUAUGGGACCAAAAAUAGCGAUGAGCUCAUUCAGAAGAACUACAGCUUAGCAGUACAGGAGUGCCAUGUACAAAACACAGCAAGAGAAUACAUUAAAGAAUAUAGAGCUGACAUAAAAUGUACCAAAGCUUUUGGAGAAGUGCCUGAAAUAAUUCCUGUCUACCUUAUCCAUCGUCCUGCCAACAACAUCCCAUAUGCAACCCUGGAAGAGGAACUGGUUGGAGACUUUGUGAAAUAUUCUGUGAAGGAUGGGAAGGAGAUGAAUAUGACGAGAAGAGACUCCGAUGCUGGACAGAAAUGCUGUACCUUCCAGCACUGGGUCUACAAGAAGACAGACGGGAACCUCCUAGUCACUGAUAUGCAAGGUGUGGGCAUGAAGUUAACUGAUGUUGGAAUAGCAACUUGUGGCAAAGGAUACAAGGGGUUCAGAGGGAACUGUGCAACUUCCUUCAUUGAUCAGUUUAACUCUCUCCACCACUGCAAUAAAUUCUGUGAAAUGUUGGGCUUGAAGUCAUUGCAAAGCAGCCAACCAAAGCCCAGAAAGACUGCAGCAGUGAAAGUGAGGGGACAGCCAAGCUCAAAGAAAAUUGUAUUUUUGCCUCACACCAAGAGCAAAACAUAAACUGGUAGUGCUGACCUAUUAUAGAAGCAUAAAUGUGGCAUUAUAAAACUGUAAGAGGAUAAUAUAUUAGGAUUGGUGACUAUUACAUAUACCAACAUUCAGAAAACAACUUUGAACAGAACUGGAAUUCCACAACUUGAGUGCUUCACUUACCAUGAAUACAGAUAAAGUACAGAAAUUAUCUAGGCAGGCAGAAGCACUGCAAAGCCAUGCAGUUUGUGAAUACUUUAGAAUCUUUGAAUAUUAAUUAUGUAUGUAAUGAAUCAGAAAUGUUUCAAUAUCGUGCUACCACAAUGUUUAAAAAAUGUAAAUAAAUAUCUGCAACCAGGGAUUGGUUUUUUUAGGCACUCGUAAAAGACGAAUGAAUGGAUGUGACACGUUGUACAGA